CUGACUGACUGACUGUACUUCUACUAGUGAGCAUUUCGAUGACCUUCUCUCUCUAGAGCUCACACUUUGGUUGUGACAAAGCCCUUGCAGCAAGAUAUUCGACCAUGAAUCGCUAAGACAUCCAUUUCAGUCACUCUCUUCAGUCACUCGACUCACCGUUUAAUAUUCCUCUCAAGAAACAAUUACAACUCACAAAAGCAACCAAACGGUGAAUUUUGUUGUUGGGUGUAUUGAGAAUGGUAGUCCAUCCAAUGGAAAUUUGACAAAGCGGCCUUUGGAAAACAGCUAUUGCUCGUCUUCUGGUGUUUUGCAGUUCAAGUAUAAGCCCCAGAAUGUUUCAUGUAUCCGUGAUUAUCCUCCGGGGUGUGGGCGUAAAGCUCUGCAGAUUCAUUUGAGGCAAAAGGAAAAUGUGGUGGCAUUGGGUGGUGAUAAGGAGAAUUUGGUGGAUGAUGAAAGGAGGACUGAAGUUGUAGUGGCUGAUUGUAUUGGAACUCCUGAAUUUCGGGUUGAAUUCCAGUCUCUUGAAGUGCUGAAAUGUCGAAUUCGGCCAGAAAUGGCUGAAUCAUCAGGUGGUUUGGUGGCGAAGGUGCUGGAUAUGCCCAGAAUGGUCAGUGAGGAUGUGAAAAUUUCAACAAAUAUGGAGGUAUUGGAAGUUGGGUUGCGGAAAGAUUUAGAGAGUCUUGCACCGGAAUUGGUGGAGUCGUUGCUUGAGGUGGAGGUUCAGGCCCUGAUGAAGACAGAAGAUGCAUUAGAAAACGAAAUUGUGUCGGUGGCUAGUGCAAAAAAGUUUUCACAGCAGUGGUCUGUUGGUGAUGCCAAUGUCCCGCAGGAGAUUGCCCUGAAGAAAAAUUAUCCACGAAGAAGAGUUUCGGUAACCCGUGAUUACCCUCCAUUUUGUGGAAGGAAUGCUCCAUGCCCAACUGAGGAAGAGCACCAGAGGGUUGUUUUGAGAAACACGAGUUUUGGUGGCACGGAGAGGGCUGGUGCAAAAGGCAGGUCAUUGAGGGAGACAGGGGGCGCUGCAAGGGCUAGUGCCUUAGAAUCGGAAAGGAAUGUUCGAGAUGGGAAUGCUCAGAAGAAUGAAUUGAGAGGGACUGUGCCUGAGCCAAGAAACAAUUCCCGGGCAGGAAUUAAAAAGGUAUCUGUGGAUGUAAGAGAUUUGUUGGGGAAAGUGCCUAAGGAGAUUAUGGUUCACUCACAUGGAAGAAGUCCGAAGCGAAUGCUUUCGGGUGGUCAUGUUGGUUUGGGAUGUGGAGUGGACAGGGUGAUUGGGCAAGGUCUGAUGGCUUCACCAAAUUGUCUGUGGAAGCAGGGGAAAGGGGCUUCAAAAACUAGCCGAGUUGGUGGUAUGAGCCGAAGCAAAUUAAAGAAGCAAGAUUUCACUGGGCAAGGGAAUUCUAGAACUGUUGUCAGGAAAAAUAAUUAUUAUGCAGAUUAUUGAAGAGGAAAUUUAUCGAAGGGGAAAUCAACGUUUUCUGGGAAGGCAGCUUAUGGAGGCAUAGGUGCACUACCUGUCUGGGAUGAUGAGGAAUAUUGUGUUGUUCAUGAUGAUGAGAAGUGUAACGCUUCUCACCAAUUUCAACGACUGCAUGAUUUGGACAUACAUCUGCCCCCCUGUUAUGGUCCAUAUAGUUCAAAUAGUGGUGAUGCCUGAUGGAAAGUGUUGAAAAUGCUUUGUUGGUUCCAAACUAAUUGUAGGAGGCUCUUAGAAACCGAAGAAGCAAAGUUGAGGCAGAGCAAAAGGAUUGAUCUUCAAGCGAUAAAGAAUAUUAAGAAAAAAGGAAUAAAAUUUAACACUGGAAAACAAAUACUGGGAGCAGUUCCAGGACUUGAGGUGGGCGAUGAGUUCCAGUACAGGGUGGAGCUUGCUCUUAUUGGCUUGCAUCGCCCGAACCAGGGUGGUAUAGAUUACAUGACAUAUGGCGGAGAGAUCAUUGCAACUAGUAUUGUUGCUUCAGGGGGUUAUGAUGAUGAUUUGGACAAUGCUGAUGUCUUAAUAUACUCUGGACAAGGAGGAAAACCAGUAGGUCGCGAUAAGCAACCUGAAGACCAGAAACUUGUAAGAGGAAACUUAGCUUUGAAGAACAGUAUAUCAGCAAAGAAUCAUAUGUGAGUGAUCCGUGGAUCCAGAGAGACAAAGGCCUCUGCCUCAUCAGAUGCAAGAGCUAAGAUAGUUAUGACAUACACUUAUGAUGGCCUGUACAUUGUAAAGAGUUACUGGCAGGAACCAUGACCACAUGGUAAGCUGGUUUUUAAGUUUGAGUUGAUGAGAAUUCUAGGGCAACCAGGCAACCAGGCAACCAGAGCUUGCUUGGAGUAAAAAAUGUUGAGAUGAAGAGAUGCUAUUGUGGUAAAUCAGAUUCGUGAUUCCAGUGGAAAUAUCAAGAUGAAGAGAUUCUAUGGUGGUUCAACAGUGAGUGUAAUAGAUGAAGUUUAGUCUCUCUAUGAACAGGGAUCCUUUGUUUCUCAAUUUGAGUUUCUUUCUCAAUACUUUACAUCACCUUUACAUGCUUCUGCAUUGCAGUACUUCAUCUAUUGUUUACUCUGUGUUAUAUGUUACAAUACAUGUAUGUCAUUUAGUGUUUUAAUAGCUAAAAAAAAAAAAAAAUGCAAGUGCAGCACUAACAGUCACAUAUUUUAUCAUCAACAGAAUCAUACACAGAUGAAAGCACAUUUUUCAAGCUUUCUAGUAAGUCACACCUUCUUUGUCCCAACUGGGACUUAAAUCCUCAACCUUCUCUUUAAAAGGUGGCGGAGAUACACUUGGGAUAAAAUAUUAAUAGACAAAAUUUAUAUGCAAUAUUAUUCAUCUCUCUAUGCAUGUUAAUAUGUAAUUGAGCUGUGCUUGAUUAAUAGGUCUUGCACCUCCAAAUUUUAAAUCUGUGGAAAUUUUGUUCUUUUGAUAGUGAUUGAAGUACUGCCAUGGGGCUGCAACUUUGUAGUUAGCCAUUGCUGUUGGCAGGAUUGCCCAGUGUCACUGGCCUUCCAUUGAUUUUGUGCUGCUGCUUCUAUUCAUGUUCCCUCUCUUACUAUUGCUGAUAUUGUAAGUAGCAGUAGCCAUUAACUUUGAUGUUGAUUGUAGCUUACGACCACUUUUUUCGGUGCCCUUGAUGUCUUCUAUUUCGUCGAGGUUGCUUUAAACCAGAAAGGAUCUGCUUAUUGGCGAUGUUAAUUAGUCAGGUGGCCGCUUCAGAAACUUCUGGAAAGCCAGCCAUGGUUGCUGCCAAGUGCAUUGCGGUUGCUUUCUACAGCUGGCACUUUUUUUUCUCAAUUGCGUAGGGUUGAGGUAGUGCUUAAGUGGAUACCAUGGGCAAAUGUUUGGACUUGGGACAUUGGAGCUGUCAAGAUGGUUAGACAAUUGAUGAGUCAACUGAUUCACGGACCGGAUGAACCAAAUUGUGGAGCGCAUCUGGGAGAACCAAAGGCCAUAAAAUUGAGGUUUGGGAUUGGAAUUGAGACCCUUUUGGGUGCAUAAUCCAAAUUAUGAAUGGUCCAGCUCAGUAAAAAGGAUAGACGAUGUCUCUUCUAUCUGGGUACUUCCAUUUUCCUUGCCUCAGUUUUGAUGCUUGGGUCUCUUUAAAGAUGAAAAGAAGCUGAAAUUUGAACAGCCCUUUUUUACUAGAGAAGCUAUUUUUCUUCGAACUGUCAAUCCCCUGAUAGAAUAAGACACAGCUUCAACUUAUGGUUUCCAUUUUCCAUUGAGCCUCUUAACUACGCCAGGUACGCUCUCCCUCUCGAAAAUUUGUCCACAUUUAAUUUAUUUUUCCCUUGGCAAGAAACACACUCACUUGCCCCUAUGGGACUUGAACUCUCGACCUUCUACUUUGAAAGGUGAGGAAAUACCACUAGGCUAUAGCCUUAAUUUGGUGAGGAGUUACUUUCUGAAAAUGUAAAUAGUUAUGUCAAUUUUCAAUCUUUCUCUUCCAACACUCCAUAUAAGCAUGAUGUAGGCUAUAUAAGUCCAUUUAUUUAUCUUAUUAAGCGAGCCUCACAUAGCGGAUUACAUUUUAUUGACUAUGUACAUAGUUGGCUCAUGGCUGUAGCUGUUGGAGCUUUUCUCUUCUCAUGAUCAUAGAAUAACUUUACUAUGAUGUACUAAAACGUUUCAGUUUCUUCUUGCUCCUCCAAAUCCAAACUUCUAGGAUACGUUUUUGUAAAACACUAUCUUUGUCUAUUGUAAGUGAGUUGUCUUUAAAUUAUUGGAUAUACGUAUCUCAAAGGUAUUCAAUCACUUACAAGUUACAAUCUCUGUGUUUUGUUUAUGUUCUCUUGUUCUUUAACAUUUGUUGACUUAACUUAUGGGGGGAGUGUCUUGGACUGAUAUCACAGUGUCCUCUUUCUCUUUAGUAGGGUAAGUACUUGCAUACAAAAUUGUGAAAGUUCUGUGCUAUGUCUUUCUAGAAUGAUGAUGAAAGAAUUGAUUUUAAUGUGCUUCAAGAUAAUUAAGUUGACUGUUUUAAAUUAAUUUAUCUAACAAAAUUAAAAUCUUGAUCCAAAUAAUUCUUUCCAUGAAGAAAAGAACUAUCUUUCUCACUGUAGAAUUAAAAGCAAUGAACAGUCAAAUUUCCACAUAGCAUAACAAUCUAAAUUAAAUUAAUUUCAAUUAAUAAAUCAGGACACGAGUUUCUUAUUAGCUUUUUUUAAAGUGGGAAGCAUCUUCUGCGCAAGCCACAAGGUGUAAGAACUUGAUGAAUCACACAAAGCAGGCUGAUAUGAUUGAAUAGUAAAUGGAUAGGUAUUAUUGAAAGUGAGAGGAUCCAUUCUUGAAGAGGCUUAAGUCAAAAUUGCGAUUCUAAUUAUAUUAAUUAGUUGUUUCUUCUUCUUAUUAUUAUUAUUAUUUUUAAAAAAAAAAAAAAAAUUAAAUUCCUUCACAUUCGUUGUUGAUCCAUUUCCUUAACCUUGAUAUCCUCUUUCAAGUUUUCUAAAAGAUUUUACACGUAUGUUAUAUAUACAAUUCUCUCCCCUGCUCUCAUGUGAAUUUUUAAGUAUUUACCUCAAUUGCCUUAUAAUAAGGUACGCAUGAAAGAAUUCCUUCAAAUUUUCAUUUUCAUGCGAGGCCUUAGAUGAUCACCUUAAUGUCAAACCACCUUAUCUACAGAGGCCUUCUACAUAAGCAAAGGAAGAUUCUUGGAAGCUGCAAGAGAGUUGGAAGUGCAAGCUUCAAAAGAAAUUAAUAAUGGAAAGGAGAGUGAUACAUCCACGAAGUCAAAAGAGGGAGAAAAACAGAUGAUGGUGUGGAUUCUUGCUGUUGUAAUUUGAUUUGUUUGAGUUUUAGUUGUCAAUGUCAUGAAGCUGGGUUGUGUUAUGAAAUCCAUUUAAUAGUAGAAGUGGUAACCGUAGCAAGCAAUUCAAUGUUUUUAUUUUUGUUUUUUGGUGAAAAAUGUUGUCUGGAUAGAGUGAGAAAAAGUAAGUUCCUGAAGAGAGGAGAAAAAGAGAGAGAAAGGGACAGAGAGUCUAGAAGAAGAGUAAAAAAACAACAGAGAGUCUAGAAGAAGAGUAAAAAAAGCAUCUUUUUUUAAAUCUGAAGACCAAAUGAUAAAAUUUCAUAGGUUGAUUCUUGACCAACAUACUUCUUAUGUUAUAUUGCGUGUAAUUUUUCAAAUAGAACCCUUCAUCUCACUUCUACCAUCCCCAAUUAUUGCUGUUAGUUACAAUUUGAUUAUUUUGAUGAUUUGAAGAUAUAUCCAAUUUUCCUCUUGUUUUCUUUUGACUUAUUUUGCUACAUUAUCCCUAGGUUUUUUACCAUUGACUGCCAAUUCUAUUUAUAAUGGGUGUUACGUAGCUUUAACUUUUUCACUCCCAUUUCCAUUAGAAUCUCCAACGUAAGAUUAUCAGGGGAUGAUAUAAAUUUAGCUGCUUAACUGUACAAUCUAAGGAUGGAGCAGAGGUUGAAGAAUGCUGCCGAAGAGGGAAAUAUUGAUGCGCUGUACGCACUAUUUCAGGAGAAUAAAUACAUAUUGCAGGACAUUGAUCAGAUCCCAUUUGUUCAUACUCCUCUACAUAUAGCAGCAUCUGCUGGCUGUACCCAUUUUGCUGUUGAAAUGAUUAGCUUAAAACCAUCAUUUGGUAGGAAGUUUUAAUCCCUUUGCAUUUAGCACUCGAAAUGGGCAUACCGAGCAUACCGAGACUGUGAUAAGGCUCAUAAAAUUAAAUGGCGAGCUUAUCCACGUCCAAGGGAAGGAGAGGAUCACUCCUUUGCAUCAUGUAGCUGAAAUAAAUGGUUACAAUCUAUUGUGCUUGCCUAGCAUCGGUCAAGGUUUUGACAGUUCGAGGAGAGACUGUAGUGUAUAUUGCCACAAGAAAUGGAAGCUUCCAAGCAUUUAAAGUAAUUUUGGGAUGGCUUCAUAAAUUCUACAUUCAAGAGUUGCUAAACUGGAAGGACAAGGAUGGCAACACAGAGAUGCAUAUUGCAGUGUCCGCUAACCAACUUCUGGUGGUGGAGUUGUUAAUCAAUAAUAAAGCGGACAAAGUUGCAACGAAUUGGGAGGGCAAAACGGCACUUGAUUCAUCUGAACCAAAUGAAGAGGUUUAAUCCUCUCACCAUGUUGAGAUGAGGCGCCAAUUGGUUGGUUGGUUGGUGAAACAUCGACCGAGUGGGUGGAGACAGCAGAUGACGAGCACAGCACCAACAUUAGAGUAUGUGGACUAGCUUGGACUGCCCCCAAAGACCGAGCCGUGUGUUCUUGUGAUUUACUAUUCCACUUUUACCUUAGUGUGUUAUUGUAAUAUACAAUAUAUAUCUAUCAAAUAAUUUUGUAAGUUGAAUGUACGACUUUAGUGUAAACCUUACUAGUUCUAUUUUUGAGUUUCUUCUUUCUUC